AUGGCUGAGCAGACGAACAGCGGGAAGUUGCGAAUUGGCAAAGUCCUGUCUAUCGUCACGAUUGCGCUGUCAAUCGCCCUGGCGAUCCUUGCCUUUAUCCUGCUUCGCACUGAGAUUGCUCCGCCUGCUUUGGGCUUCACAAUCAUUGGCCUGGUGGGCGUCUUGUUCCUGGUGGGCGCGACUGCCCUGGGCAUCGUGACGUCCUUCGAGGGGAGAUCCCCGUCUUCGUCGCCUGUGAGACCCAUCAGCAAGGGCGAGACGGCGCGCAAUCAUGAGGAGGAGCGCGUUUGGGCCGUCAUGAGCCAUGGAGAUCUGGAGUCGGGAAACCCUGAGUUUCAGAAGGUUGCCCUCAAGCCAGCAGGGUCAAGACACAUCGACCUCAAGACCUCCGCGAGCGUGGUGCCGGUGCCAAAGCCAGAUGCCUCGGCUGUGAGCAAG